AGUAGUAGUAGUAGUAGUAGUAGUAGUAGUAACAGUACUGGAAGUAGUAGCAGUAGUAAUAGUAGUAGCAUUACUGGAAGCAGUAGCAGUAGUAGUAGUAGUAGCAGUACUGGAAGCAGUAGUAGUAGUAGCAGUACUGGAAGCAGUAGCAGUAGUAGUAGUAGCAGUACUGGAAGCAGUAGCAGUAGUAGUAGUAGUAGCAGUACUGGAAGCAGUAGCAGUAGUAGUAGUAGUAGCAGUACUGGAAGCAGUAGCAGUAGUAGUAGUAGUAGCAGUACUGGAAGCAGUAGCAGUAGUAGUAGUAGUAGCAGUACUGGAAGCAGUAGCAGUAGUAGUAGUACUGGAAGCAGCAGCAGUAGUAGUAGUAGUAGCAGUACUGGAAGCAGUAGUAGUAGUAGUAGUAGCAGUACUGGAAGCAGUAGCAGUAGUAGUAGUAGUAGCAGUACUGGAAGCAGUAGCAGUAGUAGUAGUAGUAGUAGCAGCAGUACUGGAAGCAGUAGCAGUAGUAGUAGUAGUAGCAGUACUGGAAGCAGUAGCUGCCCUGUUAGUGGGUGCAAGAUUCUUAGCUUUGGUGAAGUUCCAGUUGAAAACACUAGUGGCUGUUGCGCCUCUGACGUUACAUGGGCUGAGUUGUAUGGAAAUAUUAUGGGUAACUUGGCAGUAAUGAAGGAUGAUAAAUUUGUGGUAGCCGGUGUUGAAAGAAAAGAUGAAGAUACAGGAGUCAGGGUUCCUGCAGUCUCUAAUGAAGUAAGGAAAUGGAGUUCCGAAAAUGUUUAG